AUGAAUAUUAUUGACGAUUUACCAUGUUAUGACUAUUACAUUCCAUCAGAAUGCUAUAUAAACGCAUUUGAAGAUUCUCCUUCGACUACUCCUAUACCAAAAGAAUUAAAUACAGUUGACAUUCUUUUACCCAAUGGUCUUGUUGCUUGUAUUCAACAAGAAUCAAAUCAAACAUUAGCUGAACUUCGUCAAAUACUACGCAAACGUUAUGCUGUAACAUGGCCGUUCAAUUUUCUUUCUAUAGCACACACUUCUAUCCACGAAACAGGCGAUUUACUCCUAGACGAACAACAAUCACUCGAUACGCUUGGUCUUGUUUAUCCAUUUUUACGUGUUAGUGCAAAAGGUGAACUACCAACACCAUUGUGUAAAUGGUUAUCAAAAAAUGAUCAAUCAGAUGUCGAAUCUCUUACACAAUUUAUUGAACAAUUAGUUGAAUGGCGUGAUACAACAAUUCCACAUGAAAUUCUUCAUGCGCCACCAUCAAUAUCUCAAACAAUAUUAUCAAAUAUUGAUUCAUUUUUUGUUUAUAUUGAACGACUAGAUAAAUCUUAUUGUUGUAAAGAAGAUACUACAUGUGAAGAAUUAAUUGAACUUAUUCGUAAUGAUGAUAAAAAGUCAACAAUGGACUAUUAUAAUGCUUCAACAGAAUUAAUGUUAAAGUUUUCUUAUCGUAAUGAAUUUUUAUUAAAGUCAGAACCUUAUCCAUUACUUCAAUAUACAUAUAUUCAAGAAUGCUUACAAAAAAAUAUUCAAAUAAAUUUACAAAUAAUUCAUAUUGAAUUACCAAGAAAAAGUAAAAAAAUGAUGCAAAUUAUAAAUAACGAACCGGAUAUAUUUCCAACGAAAAUAAAACCAAUAAAACCAAUUGAUCUUAUGAAAGAAAAUGAAUUAAGUACACAAUUGUUACCACUUCAACCAUCGUCCUUAUUAUUUAAAUUUACUUUACGUCUUCGACCAUCGGAAAAUGCUAAACAAACAUUAUUUCAAGUUCAUUCAGGAAUCUAUUAUGGACGUCGAUGUUUAUUUUCAUUUGAACAGAUGACAUGGGACAACACAUUCACAGAAGAAAAAACUCGUACUACAACAUUACCUAUCGCUAAUUUACUGCCGGGUACUUUACUUUGUUUUGCAUUGACAAAUAAACAAUCGGAAAGUUAUUUUCUUAAUAUUAGUUUAUUUCGUUCGACUGCUCGUCUACUAAAUGGUUCAUAUGAAUUUACAUUUAAUGCAGUUAAUCCAACACAAAACAUUGCUAAUAUGAAACAUCUUUAUCCCGAUGGUUUUAUUGGUUCAUCAUGUAAUGAAUCAACACCAAAUAAUUAUGAAAUCAAACUUAGAUUUGAUUUUCAACCCUUACGAUUCUAUGAUAAUGAUGAAAUUUCAAAAAAACUAGCUGAUAUUGCUAUGCCAACACCAACAGCAGUGGCUACAGCUAAACAACAACAACAUCAUGAAUCGAGCGCUGAUGUGGCCAAUGGAGAAGCAUUGAAUUAUUUAUUAGGAAGUCUCAAUGAUGAGACACAAUAUAUGGUGCGAGAACCUUCUUGGCUGUCGGAUUGUUCAUCAGCGCCCAUAGAUGCUCUUCCUUGUGUUCUACAUUCUAUCCUUGCGGAUAUUCAUCGUAUGAUCCUUUCUGAUACCAAUAAUACUGCUAAUACUACAAUAAUUUAUGAAAAAUUCUUUUCAAUGUAUAAAUUAAUUAAUUUAUGGCCACCAAUGUCAUUCGAAAUGUGUUUCUUUCUUCUCGAUUGUACAUUGCCCGAUGCACACAUCCGAUCUUAUGCAGUUUCACAAUUAGUACGCUUGUCGAAUCAUCUAUUUCUAUUCUAUUUACCACAAAUAAUUCAAGCUGCAAUACAAUUCGAACAUUAUAUUGAUACACCAUUAAUACGUCUCAUUCUUAAACGAGCACUAUGUCAUCGUGCUAUUGGCCAAAAAUUAUUUUGGACAUUACUUAAUGUUAAUACACGUAAUGGUCGUGUUAUGUUUGAACUCUAUAAAACUUAUUGUGGCUUAACAAUAGCCACUGCUUUGCAAAAUCAAUUAGUAUUGACAUUAAAGUUAAAUAAAAUAAAUCAACGAAUAAGAGCAAAGAAUAUCAAAGAUGCAUCUGCUAUGCAACAAGCAUUAGUUACACAUUUACGUGAAUCAGAUAAAAAUUCAUGGCGUUGUGUAUCACCAUUAGAUACAGGCUGUUUUCUUGGUUCAUUAUUAACUGAUGAAUGUAAAGUGUACGAUUCAUUUAUGCGACCAUUUAAGCUUGUUUGGGAAAAUGCAUUAAAUCCAACGAAUGAACGUUUUGAAUUGAUUUAUAAAAUCGGCGAUGAUCUACGACAGGAUGUAUUAACAUUACAAGUAUUUCGUUUAUUUGAUUCGAUUUGGAAAAAAAAUAGUAUUCUCUAUCCAAACGAAGAUUUAUCUCAACUUCAUAAUGUUCAUAUGACAUUCUAUGAUGUUAUGUGUACAAGUGACACAACAGGAUUCAUUCGUAUUGUACCUAAUGCAAGUACAAUUUUAAAUAUUUAUCAUAGAUUUAAUACAACAACAACUAUUAAACGUAAUGUUAUUUACGAUUGGUUAGCUACGGAAAAUAAUACUUCACAGAAAAUUCCAUUAGGAAAAACAGCACGUCGAACUAAUACGACUGGAACGACAAAUGAGCCAAUGGACUCGUCUGUACCGAAUUCUGUUCUUGUAAAAUUUCGAAAAUCAUGUGCAGCAUAUUGUACAGCUGGUUUCGUUAUGGGUCUUGGUGAUCGUCAUCCAUCAAAUAUAAUGUUAACGUCGGAUGGCCGUUUAUUUCAUGUAGAUUUCGGUCAUAUAUUAGGUGAUUACGUUAAAUUUGGAAAUAUAUUUCCACGUGAAACAACAAGCAUUGUUCUUGUCGAGCCAUUUCUCUAUGUGAUUAAUAAUCGUAAACAAAAUGAUACACCUGACUAUCGCGAAUUUAUUCAAAUAUGUUUACUAACAUUUCGUUUAUUACGCGAAAAUGCCACAUCUCUAUUUGGUUUACUUUAUUUAAUUAUUUAUGCACGUUUACCUUUAUUGAACAGUAUAUCUAAUUUAAACUAUUUACGUCAAUCGUUAUUUUUAACUGGAGAAAAACCAUGUGAAACAAAACAUGCGAUACAGGCAUAUAAAAGAAAAAUUGAAUCAGCACAGAAUGAUACUAGACGAUUCUUAGAUUGGAUUGCGCAUGCUUUUGUUCAUAAACCACAACGAUAG